UCCAGGAACAAAAACAACUGUGUUUGCUUGGAUGUAUUGUGUUACCUUGCCAUGGGUAUCUGCUACCAACCAGAGCAGAAAUCCUGAGUCAGACUUUGAAAUACUCGUGUUGGAGUUCAGAAGCUACAUAAUGCUGAGCAGGUACCUGAUGGUGGAUAGGGGGAGGGAGGCCAAGACCAGUCUGGCCCUGUAUAGAGCUCUCUGUCACUGGAGCUGUCUCUCUCCCUAAGCCCCCAACAUCAGGGCAAGUGCUGUGCUCAGGUAUUGCAUAGUCUGUGGAUGGACUAAGCAGAUACAUUUCAUCUGCUCACACAUUGCCAUGGAGCUUUCUGCUGCUUAUGUCCUUGGCCUGUAUUGGGAGUUUGUGGUACUGUUGUUCCUUGGCAGAGCAUACACUGUGCUGGAAAAUGAACAGCCAUUCAUGAGCCAUAUGGGUGGCCAUUCUCAUAGACAGCUGUUCUAGGAUAACACUGCUGGAUGCUGAAAUCCUCAGUAGAGGCAUGUGCAUGCUACAGGUACCUGUUGUCCAUGGAGUAACUUGUUUUGGCUGACUACACUCGUUUGAUAACCCUACCUUUAAUUCUCCAAGAUUACAGUCUGUCCUGCCAGACUGACAUCUAAGUCCAGGGUUUCUACCUCAGUGGGAUGUGAUACUAAUUGUGCAGCUGCUUUUCAUGCCAAUCUGAGCUAAUGCCCCCUCAAAUCCAGUGCUGACUUCAAACUGGCUUCAGGAAUUCCCAGGGUUAGUCUGAGAGUUUAGAGAGCUCUCAAAUGGGAGCUUUUGCCUCUCAAAAGGCCAAGACAGAUUGUGGCUGUAUUCCAAGCCCUGCAGUGUUGACUAUAUUGCAUAGGGGUUUUAGUAUGUAGAAUUACAAAAUUACAGAAUGGUCUGGGUUGGAAGGGACCUAAAGCUCUUCUAGUUCCAACUCUGCCAUGAGUACGGCCCCCUUCCACUAGACCAGGUUGUCCAAAGCCCCAUUUAAUCCGGUCCUGAACACUACUUCCAGAUGUUAUCUUCCAGCCCUCACAGAGGGUCAGGUGAGGUUUCUGGAGAGAGACUACUUUCAGGUUUGCUUCAUAAGUAGGACUAAAAGUAAAACAAAACCCCCCAAACAGGGAAAGACAGUAUAAAAAACAUGCGCCAGUCUAAGGCUGCUGUGCAAAACGAUGCAUUUAGCACAACGUUGAUACUGUGCCAGAAGCCUGGAGGGAAGGAAUGAACAUGUUGUUUUGCUGGAACAAUGCUCAACACGCUGUAUUCCCAGAGGGGCUUUUACUCCAUCCUUGGCCCAGGCUCCCCUCUCUGCUGGCUUCCCGGCACGAGUCCCCGCCGCCCGGGCGGAGCGCUGCUGCCGGGCCCCGCGGCUGCCCUGCGCGCCCGCGCCUGCAGAGGGCGCCCCGGCAGCGGCGGGCGCUGGGGCGGCACGGUAACCGAGCGCUCGGGCCCGGCCCGCCAGGCUGCCCCCGGGGCUGGGAGCUGGCACCCGUCCUUCCGAACGUGCCGUCUGCUCCGCAGCUGGCCCAGAGCCGUGUUUGCUCCUUGACGGAAUAUCGAGGGACGCGCGGCCUCACUGCCUGCCUGCCUGAUCAAACACGGGGCUCUGUCGUGACUCGGGUUUAAGGCGGCCUGGGGCUGCUGUUCCAGCUCCCCUGCGCUCCCGGUGGGGCGAGGAAGCGGUCUCGGCGUGACGGGCGGAAGGCGCCCCGGCGGCACCGCCCCGCGCGGGCAUGGCGGCGGGCGCGCGGCGGCGGCAGCUCCCGGCCUGGAUGGGGGCGGCGGGGCACGGGCGGGCGGCGGCGGCCCCGUCCCCCAGGGCCGGGCGGCGGCGGGCGGCGGCGGGGCACAGGCCGGCGGCGGUGUACUGCAUGAACGAGGCGGAGCUGGUGGAGGUGGCCCUGGCGGUCCUGGCCGAGAAUCUGCAGUGCGAGGAAGGUGAAGGGAAGGCCCGGUGCAGAAGCGAAGAGGAGCAGGAGAUCCCGCCAACACCAAACGAGAUUCCUGGAAGCACGGCCAACACGGAUGGAAGCAGUGACCACGGUCCGGCACUUCCAUCCCCUCCUGAUGCUGGUGCUGACGCAGAAAGGACAGGCAGGGAGAACUCUGAGGACGAUGUCAUGAAAUACGUCAGGGAGAUAUUUUUCAGCUAGCAUCUCUGACUUUCCUGGAGAACAGGGCACAAUGGGCACGGUGUCUCCUCCCGCGGCCCUGGAAACGGUGGGAGGAGGGCCUGGAGGGGGCUGUGAAUCCAUCUGCUGUGUUGGUGCCCUGUGUAUGCUGGUAGGAUACCCAGGAAGGCCAGAGGGAGAAAGGAAGGAGGUACUCAGUUCUUCCACUCUGUGCUGGGCUCGGUGGGAUUUGGCUCCAGAUUAGGAGGUGUUCAUUUCUGUUUCACAUUUCAGAGCAUGGACAGAUAAAAGAGGACAUUUGGGUUUCUGUGAGUAUCCCUUUGCUGGGUUAGUGUUGGGCAUGGAGGGGAGCAGGGAGCUGCUGACCUGGAAGACAGGCUGACCUUUGCUGGCAGAGCUACUUGGUCAUGGUUCAGCCUUGGGGGCUCCCUUGUCCUUGUGGUCCCUCUGUCACAGCUGCAGUGGCGCCUGUGACAGCCUGGCAGGCUGUUCCCAUUGGGCCUGGUGCUGAGUUUGCCUCUAGGCUCCAGCAGUCUUCCCAAUGGUGAGGAGCAUCUGCAGGAGCAGACUGGCAUGGGCUGGGACUGCCCUGAGGGGCUGACCCCGUGGUAGCGUGCAUGGAGGUCUAGGAAGGGAUGAAGAUGGCUCAGUAUCCUCUUCCCAAUCCAAUAAAAGGACAAACAAACCACAUGAGGCCAGCUGUGAGAGCAUGUAUUGAAAUGAAGAAUCGGCCAAAUCAGCAUCACCAGCCUCAUCCCCACCAAGGCUGAAGCAAGAGAAAGCAGACCCUCAUGUCCCUUAAAAGAAAUUCACUCAACUGCAAAGAAUAUUACUGUUAAGCAAGCAUUAUUUAUUUAAGUUCUCCCAGGCACUGGAUGAAUUGAUGCAGCAUAUACUUACUAGGCUGUUACAUCUUCACUACACAGAAAAAUCAAUAACAUAAAACGCCUAUUUUGAAAAAUGAA